AUGGCGCGCCGAUCGCAGUUUCAACCGGGGCAUGAACCGCUAGAAGCUCGCUCUGACCUGACCUUGAAGAGCAAGCACGUAACAGGUACAUUUGCUUCUCUCAACCCAACACUCGCGCACUACUCCCCAACCGGUCAUCCACCAGCAGUUGAACCGGAGCAAGAUCAAGUCAGUUCCCAAUCAGACAUCGAACACCUCUGGCGUUCCCGCGACAAUAGGAAAGGUCGCCAUGCUCUCCGCGUCAGUCACCGAAUUUCUUCGCAAGACCAUGUCACAACUCCACCACUUACGCGGUCCGCCCCGGCGAUAUGCAAGGGGCUACUGAACAUGGCCACCUACGCACCCUACUGGGAUGUGUCAUGGCUAGUCGCGACGACAUUCACACUGGGGUCAGUGAUAUGGGUCAUCAAUGCCUUUUUCGUUUGGCUACCCCUUGUCAGACCGGAAACCGAUUUUGCGGGAGAGUCGCUGGUCGGAGGUGGAGUGACGGCGUUUAUCGGUGCCACGAUCUUCGAAGUCGGGAGUGUCCUUCUUCUCCUUGAGGCCGUGAAUGAGAACCAGACGGGUUGUUUUGGCUGGGCGCUUGAAAUGGUUGUUUCAAAGACCGGGGAUCAAGGGGGACAUGCGUGGACGGAGAUUCGACCCGACAUGCAGGAUUGUCGACAUCAUCAUGCGAAUCGCCGAUCUUUUCUACGGGGACGACAUGGGAAUGAGUCCGGAACUGCGCAUCAUGUUAGUCGUGUUGUUCCUGCCUCGGAUGGAAGGUCUUUUCGAUGGAUGCCUUCUGUCAAGGAAUUACGAACGCACUAUAUCCAUGAACUAGGGUUCCUUGCUUCGGCAAUCCAGCUGCUCAGUGCUUCUGUCUUCUGGAUUGCUGGGUUAACGGGCCUCCCAGGCAUCUACAAUCAUCUCAGCUCAGGCCUUGCGGACGGUAUAUAUUGGGCCCCACAGAUUGUUGGCGGGGCAGGAUUCAUCUUAAGCGGGCUUUUGUUUACCCUUGAAACCCAGUCGAGAUGGUACAAGCCCGCUUGGCAUGUACUUGGCUGGCAUAUUGGCGUUUGGAACUUCAUUGGUGGCAUUGGUUUUACUCUUUGCGGAGCUCUGGGUCCGGCAAGCUCUCAUUCGGGCGUGGAGUACCAGGCGACACUUGCAACUUUCUGGGGCUCCUGGGCCUUCAUGAUUGGGUCGACUAUUCAGUGGUAUGAGAGUUUGCAGAAGCAUCCGGUCGAAAAGAAGACUGAGUGA